GCAAUGUGUUUAAAGAAAUUGAAGUUGACAAAGAUGAAGUUUUGAUGGAAAACGAAAAGACUAUGUUUGAGAAAAAUGAUGUGAUUGUAUUAAAUAAUAGUGAAAAAAAAAAUGAGAAAGUACAAACAAUAUCCAUAGCAGAUAAAGCAUUUACAUCAUAUAAAGAGAUCAAAGUUUACAUGUCACAAUCUACAACUCUUGAUCAAAGAUGA